CCCUGUCCCCCCCUCGACAGUCCGUUGUUUGGAAUCAUUCAAGAACGAACCUGUCACGAACCAUUCUGGCUCAUCAUCGCGACGGUAUUUCUCAACAAAACCACCGGUCGUCAAGCCGCUCCCACAUUCUGGAAGAUCCGCGAGAAAUGGAACACACCUGCUCAACUUGCCGAGGCAGAUUACGACGAACUAUUCCACAUGAUCAAACACCUCGGUUUCCAGCAUCAGAGAACAAAGCGAUUGAAACUGUUAGCGGCAGCGUGGGAAAAAGAUCCUCCUCGCAAGGGUCGGCGGUUUAGAACGCUGCAUUAUCCGAGCAAAGGAGAUGGGAAACACUUCAAAUCGGGACAAGUCAUUGAAGGCGACGUGGAAGAUUGUGCCGGUGCUCUCGAAAUCGCCCACUUGCCAGGCUGUGGCGCUUACGCAUACGAUAGCUGGAGAAUCUUCUGUCGUGAUGUUUUACGCGGUGUUGAAGGAGAGGGAGAGGGAAAAGGAGAAGUGUUCUCCUUUGAACCCGAAUGGAAGAGAGUUUUGCCGCAGGAUAAGGAAUUGAGGGCUUGUUUGAGAUGGAUGUGGUUGAAAGAGGGUUGGAUUUGGGAUCCUGUCACUGGAGCCAAGAGACGUGCGACACCGGAAGAGAUUGAAAAGGCCAAUAAAGGC